UCUACAUCCAAAUUAUUUCAUGUCGCUGGAAAGCUUCUUCCUUCUCGGACAUCCACCAUGAAGAUCUCCCAGCUUAUCCUCACCUCUCUUGUCGUCGCUGUCAGCAGCACAGCCGCCAUCAAAAUCAGCACCGGCGAGCAAAUCAACUGGGACGAGAACUACGCCGUCGCCUGGAAAGAAGGCAAAGACCCGUGUCGUAAUGGCCACCUCCUUGCCCCCGUCUACCAGAACCCAUGCGGGCACAACUUUGUCAUCGAUAGCGUGCCUUACCACCUUGCGAAUUGCGGCACCGAUGACUUUGGCUUGUAUAGGAGUGAUGACGGUUCGCGUGUUGGUGGUUGUACGAGGAUAGCUGAUCAGAAGAUUGGCUGUGACCACGUUGCUGCGUAUGUGCAUGAUGUUAUCAAGCACUGGGUCUGUGGAAAUUGAUAGGGUUAGUAACGGAAGUGUAAGCCCCGGCGGUGAACCAGAUGACUUGAUAAAGAGAUGAGGACGUCGCAUAGGUUGGUCUCUACGCUGGUACUAGCAAACACCGAGCAGUUCUCUUGCCAUGCCCC